UAUAAAUUUACUAUAAAGUUUUCAAAUUGUACUAAAUAAAUAAAUCGUUCAUUUAGCAAUUAUCAUCAUAUUUCUCUUUCUGCGUUCCUAAACAAAACAACAAUGGCUUCUUUCACUUCGUUCUUCGAUUCAACAAACCGAUGGAAUUCCAAUACUCUCAGAAACUUCGGUGAAAUUUCUCCCAAAGUUCAGAAUCAUCUCAAACAGGUUUAUUUGACCUUGUGUUUUGCUGUGGCUGCUGCUGCUGUUGGAGCUUACCUCCAUGUCCUCCUCAACCUUGGUGGUUUCCUCACCACAAUUGCCGGCAUUGGAAGCGGUAUUUGGUUACUCUCAACACCUCCUUAUGAAGAGAGAAAGAGGUUGGCUUUGUUGAUGGCUGCGGCACUGUUUCAGGGUGCCUCUAUUGGACCCUUGAUUGAUUUGGCUAUUCAAAUCGAUCCAAGCCUCAUCUUCUCUUCAUUUGUGGCAACUGCCUUGGCUUUUGGGUGUUUCUCGGGAGCAGCUUUGGUUGCUAAGCGUAGAGAGUACUUAUAUCUUGGUGGCUUGGUUUCUUCUGGGUUGUCCAUUCUUAUGUGGUUGCACUUUGCUUCUGCCAUCUUUGGAGGUUCAAUGGCUAUCUUUAAGUUUGAGUUGUAUUUUGGGCUUUUGGUGUUUGUGGGUUACAUUGUAGUGGACACACAAGAAAUAGUUGAGAAGGCACACUUGGGCGAUCUUGAUUAUGUGAAGCAUGCUCUGACCUUGUUUACUGAUUUGGCUGCGAUCUUUGUCCGUAUUCUAGUUAUCAUGAUUAAGAAUUCAAGCGAGAGAACUGAGAAGAAAAAGAAGAGAAGAGAUUAAUUUUCUUACCUUAUCGAUCAAGCUUGUUUGAUACUUCUCGUUUAAUCUUUGAAAGAUAGUAAGAUACCUAUAACAGUUGUCUGUAAAGUGUUCUCCACGUCUUGAACUUGCUCCUAAUGUGCAGUUAGUCGUGUUUCUGCUUUAUAAUACAAUGUCGACAUUUUUUUUAGUUUUCUAAUAAGCGAGGUUAUUUCUAAUAA